UACAGUCAGUCCCUUGGGCGAAUUGACUGCACACGCCACCCGCGUCUCUCGAGCCCAAUCUUUUUAGUUCCUAAACCUUCCCACACAUCAACACCAUGUCAUCUGACGAGGAAGAGUACAGCAGCGAGGAGGAGUCAUCCGAGGAGGAACGCGAAGAUCCCGCGGUCAAGGCAAAAGCAGCCGAGGUACUUGCUAGACAACAGGCUUUGGAAGAUGCCAAGAGGAAGCAGGAUGAUAUCGACAGGAAGAAGGCCGAGGUGCGCAAGCGCCUGGAGGAGCAGAGUCUCAAGAAGCAGAAGAAAGGCUUCAUGACUCCAGAGCGUAAGAAGAAGCUCAGGCUGCUCCUCCGUAAGAAGGCCGCUGAGGAACUAAAGAAGGAACAAGAGAGAAAAGCUGCCGAGAGGCGCAAGAUCAUUGACCAACGUUGCGGCCAGGCCAAGAACCUGGAUGGUGCUAAUGAAGACGCACUUAGGGAAAUCUGCAAGGAAUACCACGAGCGUUUGUUCCUUUGCGAGUCCCAGAAAUGGGACCUCGAAUAUGAGGUUCGCAGGAGAGAUUACGAGAUCAACGAGCUCAACAUUCAAGUCAACGAUCUGCGUGGCAAAUUCAUCAAGCCUACUCUAAAGAAGGUCUCCAAAUACGAGAACAAAUUCGCUAAGCUGCAAAAGAAGGCUGCAGAGUUCAACUUCAGGAAUCAGCUCAAGACUGUGAAAAAGAAGGAGUUUGAACUUGAGGACGACAAGGGCGCGACAAAGCCUGACUGGGCAGCCGGCGGUCCUGGAGCCACUAAGAAGGAAGGGGAAGAGGGCGAGGCUCCGACGGAGGGUGAUGGCCCCGCUGCAGAGGAAGGUGCCGAGGGAGCCCCGGAUGACGGUGCUUCUCAGGAAGCCCCGGCAGAGGGCGUCACACCUGAGGGAGCCCCUGCAGAGGCGGCUCCAGUAGAGAGCACCCCUGAGGCUGUCCCGGCUGAGGGGGGUGACGCCCCCCCGGCUGAGGAAGCUCCAGCGGAGGAACCUCUGGCUGAGCCUCCGGCGGAAGAGGCUCCCUCAGAGGCCGCCCCUGCCGAGGGCGAGGCCCCCCCGGCUGCUGAAGGUGAAGCUCCGCCACCCCAGGAAGUGGCUGCGUAAGGCGACUAGUCCACUGCCAGCAGGGGUAGCAGCAGCAGCAGCAGCAGCAGAGACUAUAGGAGGAGGAGGGGAAAGUGUGUUUGUAUCGUAUGGUUGUCUUCUGUGGAACUUGUGUCCAUCGUUACUCUUCGUGUCCCGCCAAAGUGUAUCUUCUCAUUUCUUACUCUGAACUAUGGAAGUGACAGCCAUCACUCCUCUACUUACAACGAACCUCGCGUCAACCAAAACGAAUGAGCCGAUGUUAAAAUGAAUGAAAGCGACAAUAAACAGCAAGAAAUUGUUAAGAAAUAACAAUUGAAAAAAACGGCAAGAAGAAAUUCAUUACGAACAAGAAUCAUUAAAAGACAAGAAAGAUAAAGAAGCAUCGAUUUGAAACGAAAGAGCAUCAGCUUCAAGCAAGAAGAAAUCGAAUAUAAACAAGAGCGCAUCAACAAUGAACAAAAGAACAACUAUUCUCUUGAAUCAAUGGUGUUAUCAAGCAAGCUUGUGUCCCUUACUUUAUAUAUUCUCGUUCUUCGCGUUGACAGCUUCAUGGACUGACUGUGAACAUCUAUAUAAAUGCUUUAAUAUCUAUAAUAAAUUUGUAUUAUUGA